AUGCCUAAACCAUGUGGUGUUCUCCCAUUAGCAAUUCAUGAGUUCCCUGAGGACAUCUUCACCAAAGAGCAGCGCAAGAGAGGAGCCGUACUACUGCAUGUGCUCUGUGUCGUCUAUAUGUUCUACGCACUGGCUAUCGUUUGCGAUGAUUAUUUUGUCCCAUCGCUGGAGAAGAUCUCAGAGAAUCUGCAGCUGAGUGAGGAUGUGGCCGGGGCAACUUUCAUGGCUGCAGGAAGUUCAACGGUGGCCGUGACCUGGUGGUCUCUGUUCAGAGACUCGCUGUACUACAUCUUCUCCGUGCUGGCCUUGAUUUUGGUUAUCUAUGAUGAAAGAGUUGUAUGGUGGGAAUCUUUGCUUCUGAUCUCCAUGUAUGGAGUCUACAUCCUUAUCAUGAAGUUUAACAGUCAGAUCGCCAGCUUUGUCCAGAGAUCAUGUGGCAGUCCGGGCCAAUGUUGUGUCAGGAGACAAACGUCCAGAGAUAAAGAGGCUGAUGAAGCGGAAACAAACGGCAACACCUCCGUGGUGCUGCUGAGGAAAGCAGGUUCAGGACAGGAGUCUCCAGUGGUGAUGGUGGAUGAGCUGCUUAUCUUGAGGCCACACCAGCUCUCAUUCCCAGAGGCUGGACUGCGUCUCAUGAUCACACCACAUUUCUCUCCACGCACCCGUCUCACUAUGGCCGGACGCAUGCUCAUCAGUGAGAGACAAAGACUGCUCCGGGAGGAUAAGAUGAGCAGGACCUCAGUGAAGACAUUCGGCUCUAGAGGGAUAGUAAACGGAGGAAGUCUUGAAGCACAGCAGACACCUGAGGACACAGAAACGACGGAUGGUAAGAAAGGAGUGAAGGUGGAGGUGGAAAACUCUCAGCCUGAAGAAGAGGAUGAGGACGGGGACGAAAUGUUCAAACCUCUCCAUUUUCCUGCUGGCUACUGUGCGCGUCUGAAGUGGCUUGUGUCCUGGCCGCUGGCUGUUCUGCUGUAUUACACAGUGCCUAACUGUGUUUUGCCACGUUGGCAUCGCUGGUUCAUGGUCACCUUCAUUGCUUCAACCAUUUGGAUUGCUAUUUUUUCCUACCUCAUGGUGUGGAUGGUCACCAUCAUCAGCUACACACUUGGUAUUCCUGAUUACAUCAUGGGAAUCACUUUCCUGGCUGCUGGCACUAGUGUACCUGACUGCAUGGCGAGCCUCAUCGUCGCCCGCCAAGGAAUGGGGGACAUGGCAGUGUCAAACUCCAUAGGCAGCAAUAUCUUUGACAUCCUGCUGGGACUGGGCUUCCCCUGGGCUCUGAGGACGCUAGUAGUAGAUCAUGGCUCAGCAGUAUUCAUCAAUAAUAAAGGCCUGGUCUAUUCUGUCAUCCUGCUGCUCGCAUCAGUCUUCCUCACGGUCCUGAGUGUCCAUCUGAAUGGCUGGAAGCUGGAUCGGAGACUAGGUCUUGGUCUCAUGCUUCUUUACUCCAUCUUUCUGCUCUGCUCCAUCCUCUUCGGUCAGCUCUAGAAGUGCCACACUCUUCAGUGCGUUCUUGUUUUAGUUUCAUUAUUAAAGUGCUUUUACUGUAGAUCAGGUACUAAAUCUUGGCUGAUUUCAUGCCUGCGUACAGUGUAGCAGCAAGAGGAAAUUGUGUGCUCUACAGAAGCAACCUCAGAAUGGUUUUCAGGAUCCAGUCAGUCCAUUGUUCUGUCCACAGCAAGAACU